AUGGCCAUUUUAAAAGUGAAGUUCACCAAAACCAGGAGGGACAAGCUGGCCCAGGUGCUGUGGAUCCUCAACUGGAUCUCGGUGGUCACGGGGGCCAUCCUGUUCAGCCUGGGGGUCUUCCUCAAGGUGGAGAUCAACAAGCGAGGGGAGCUGAUGGCUGAGAGGGAUAUCCAGUAUGUUCCCAACAUGCUCAUAGCUGUGGGUCUCAUCGCCUGUGCCAUCAACUUCCUUGGUGGGAAGAUCUGCUAUGACUGCGUGGACACCACAAAGUUCCUGCGCUGGAAGAUGGUCAUGCUGCCCUACACUGUGUGCACCUUCUUCUUCACCUUCUGCAUGCUGGUGGGGGCUCUGAUGUGUUACAGCACGCACUGGGAGCUCCAGGAGUCUCUGAACCUGGGGCUGACCCAGGCCAUGAGGUUUUAUAAGGACACGGACACACCAGGGCGCUGCUUCCUGAAGCGCACGGUGGACAUGCUGCAGAUAGAGUUCCAGUGCUGUGGAAACCACGGCUACAGAGACUGGUUUCAGAUUCAGUGGAUCAGCAACCGCUACCUGGAUAUGUCCAAAAAAGAAGUGAUAGAUCGACUGAGGAGUAACGUGGAGGGGAAGUACCUGAUGGAUGGAGUUCCCUUCAGCUGCUGUAACUUGAACUCCCCCCGGCCCUGCAUCCAGCAGCAGAUCACUAACAACUCUGCCCACUACAACUACGAGCACCAGAGAGAGGAGUUGAACCUGUGGAUGAAAGGGUGCUGCCAGGCUCUGCUGGACUACUACACCCACAUCAUGCAGUCCAUCGGACUCACAGUCCUCAUUACCUGGAUGUUUGAGCUGUCAGUGCUUACAGGGGUCCGUUACCUCCAGACCUCCCUGGAGAACGUGCUGCGACAGGGGGACCCCAACUCUGACUCUGACGGCUGGCUGCUGGAAAACAGCCUGAUGGAAACCGCCCGCACCAACAUGAAUAUCAUCAAGAACCUCGGCAAGAGCAACCAGAUAGGCGGGAGCAACAACGGAGACCCCAACAUUGACGUCCCAUCUACGUCCAAGGCGCAUUACGGACCAGACAAUGUUCCACCAAAACACAAAACAGAAGUCAGCUGA